AUGCCCCGAAAAAAACAAAGAUACCAUUUGUGUUCUUGUACUCGUACUCGUCUUCUUUAAAAGCCCCUAAACCUCACUGCGAAUAAAUGGAGAAAGAGAGAUCAGUCGGGAGAUAAAGGGAAGCAGAAAACCAUGUCUUCUAGAGGGCGAAAGAAAGCUGCUUUAUAUAAGAAUUUGAUGCAGCUCCGUGAUGUUACCAACUCUACUGCUCUGAACAAAACCUCAAUCGUAGUAGAUGCAACCAAGUAUAUAGAGGAGCUGAAGCAAAAAGUCGACAGUCUGAACCAAGAGAUUGGGACCUCAGAAAUUUCUACUGUCCAGAAUUCAUUACCUGUGCGGGUUACAGUUGAAGCCCUGGAAAAAGGGUUCCUUAUUAAUGUUUAUUCAGAAAAGAAUUGCCCCGGUUUACUGGUUUCCAUACUGGAGGCCUUUGAGAAGCUUGGCCUUGAAGUGCUUGAUGCUAGGGUUUCUUGUACUGACUGUUUCCAACUAGAAGCCAUUGGAGGAGACAGCUCUGAAGGACAGGUCGAGGGCAUGGAUGCUCAAGUUGUGAAACAAGCAGUGUUGCAGGCUAUCAAUAAUGUACAGGCCGAGUGAAAGCUAUUAUUGGGCAAAUGUAAUACAUCUGAGUUUUGCUUCUUCUUAGACAUCUUCCUCCCUUGUUAAUUGCAAAAAUAUAUUAUUCAAUGAAGGGAAGCUUUAGUGCUUCUAAGAAGUAUUCAAGCUUAAA